ACAGACAGCUCACACACAACAGGACAAGGAGACCGACCACUCCGUUGCACCAACUUUUAUUCCCCCCCUACAAACUUUACGCCAAACCAGCGAUCACAAUGGGGAAAGGCUGCAUGAAGGCAAUCAAGUACUUCCUGUUCCUGUUCAAUGUCCUCUUCUUCCUGUUUGGCGCCCUCAUCAUGGGGUUCGGACUGUGGGUCCUUCUGGACAAUGAGAGCUUCAUGGUCAUCCUGCAAGAGUCCUCCACAGCGCUGAAGAUAGCUUCCUACAUCCUGAUAGGUGUCGGUGGUCUCUCCAUGUUGAUGGGCUUCCUGGGUUGCCUGGGGGCUAUCUACGAGAUCCGCUGUCUGCUGGGCCUGUACUUCACCUGCCUGCUGCUGAUUCUGAUUGGUCAGGUGGCAGCCGGUGUACUCAUCUACUUCCAGAAGGACCUGCUAAAUAAGGAGAUGUCCAACAUCGUGACCCAGAUCCUGAGCAACUACCCUGGCAAGAACAGCACCACCGAGCAGGCCUGGGAUUACAUACAGAGGACGAUGGAGUGUUGUGGAUGGAGUGGUCUUAUGGACUGGCAUGCUAAUGCUGUCAUAGUGAACAGUUCCCAGCUGUUGUUCCCGUGUUCCUGUCAGAACGUGUCUCUGGUUGAGGGUAACAACUCCUCCUUCGACAGUGGUUUCUGUGAGGCGCAGUCACUUGAUUGGCCCGUCUACGACAGGGGCUGUAACUCCAGUGUAGAGAGCUGGCUGUUUGCCAACGUUGGAGUGAUCCUGGGGGUCUGCCUGGGAGUGGCUGUCAUCGAGCUCCUGGGUAUGAUCCUGUCCAUAGGGCUGUGUAAGAGCGUACACACUGAGGAUUACACCAAAGUGCCAAAGUACUGAAGAUGAUGACGGGGGACGCUAUGACACACACACACACACACACACACGCGCGCGUUCAAUGUUUAUUUGCUUUCAUUUUUUUGUUUAAUUUGUUUUUUGUUUUUGUUUGUAUUUUUGGGGGGAGGCACUUGUGUCUUUUCUCUCAGUCCAGUUUCCAUCGGAGCACUUUAGAGACUGUAGUUAUGGAUUAGAGAGGAAGACGAGAGCAGACCGGGUCACAGAGACAAACAGGAAAGAGAGAUGUGGAGAAAGUGAGGACAGGAAGCGUGAAGAGAGGACAGAGAAGACGAGGAUGUAGAAAGAGAUGGAGGGUCGUCUCCUACCCUCGGCAGAUGCAGUCUACCACAUCCUUGACUUCUGGGGAAAGAUCAAUUUUAUCAUCAGGAAUCAAUCGUGAUCGGCGUUGUUUGUCAGCUCUCAUAGGGUCCAAUCCUAACUUCAUAUAUGCAUGGGUAACUUUCAUGUUUUGAAAAUGUAAAAAUUUGAGAUUUUCAAUUGGAGAUUUGUGAAAAUGUGAGUUGCGUUCACAGAUCUCAAGUUCGGUCUACGGUUGUUAUUGAGUUGACCUGACUAGAAGAUGAAGAGUUCGGGUUAUUGGACUCCUGGGAAAUAAACAACGUUUUUUUUUUUUUUUUUCUGUUCUUCCGUGUUCAGUGAGGAGUUAUGCAUUUUUGUUUGUUGUAGUACCUUGUAUAUAAUUUAGUUUGGUAUUUCGUGAGCCUCUGAAUCUGCGUUUUUUUUUCAUGUAUCUGUAUAUGUUUUCUUUUCCAUGUAUUUCAUUUUUUUUUUGGUGCAGUUUUGAUAUUUUUCUUGAUAAUUUUGUUUAAAGUAAUAGGAAUAAUGAGAUACUAAAGAGGACCAAGAUUCUGCUACUUUAAAGUAAGGGGGGGGGGGGGGGGCU